AUGCUCUACUUCCAAGUGGUGAUUUUUGCGGCCGUGUUGAUGUUGGCUUACUACUGCGAGUAUACCGACACGUUCACCCUGGCCCAGCAAGGGUUCGUCUGCCGUGACCCGGCUCUGGCCAAGCCCGACCCUGGAAAGGAGCAAGACAGCCGAAUACCUCCUGUCAUUCUGUACUCUGUGGUGACCGGACUGCCCUUCGUUUUGAUUUCAGCUGUGGAGGUGGUGCUGUUCCUGUUUCACUUCAACUCCAAAGACCAUGACAACCAAGAGAAGGUCGUCAUCAUGGGGGACUGUUGCUACCUCAACUCUAUGGUGCACAGGACGUUCAAGUUCCUGGGUGUCUAUCUUUUCGGUUUAUUUGCGACAGACAUUUUCGUCAAUGCAGGUCAACUGGUAACAGGAAGUCUUUCGCCUCACUUCCUGUCUGUCUGCCAACCCAAUUACACCGCCCUUGGGUGCCAGGAGACGGCGCGCUUUGUCAGCCAACCAGACGCCUGCACCGGUGAUCCUGAAGACGUCGCCAGAGCAAGAAAGUCCUUUCCCUCCAAGGAGGCUGCAUUGAGUCUUUAUGCAGGGCUUUACUUGGGGAUGUACAUCAUGGGUUGUGUUGGCUCCAGCGGCUCGCACCUGUUGCGGCCCCUGCUCUGCCUCUCAUUGGUCAGCUUGGCGGUGCUGACGGGAAUCAACAGAGUGGCUGAACACCGCAACCACUGGAGUGACGUCAUAGCAGGCCAAGCCACAGGGGGUGCUAUCGCUGUCUUUCUGGUUGUGUUUGUGGUGCAGUAUUUUAAAAGGAGACCUGCAAAUUCUCAGUCUGCAGACACAGAUACAGACAUAGGAGUCGCAUCCAACGAUGUGACCCCAACCUUGAUCAACAACGUCAUUGAAAGCGGCGAUGGGUACAUCAUCACACAGGUUAGCGUGGUAUGA